AUGGAACAAGUCUCGAUCGGCGGCAGCAGAUACUUACUGCUUGUGGUUGACGAAGCCAGCGGUUGCAUGAAGGGCUUCUGUCUGCGGUCCAAGUCUGAGAGUGAAGACUGUAUCAAGAACCACAUUAUCAAGAUUCAAACUCAGUUCGGCACGAAGAUCAAGUUUGUUCGGCACGAUGGAGCGCAUGAGUUUGCGACCAACUCCAUCAAGACCUUCUACGAAGAUCAUGGUAUUGAACAACAGAUCACGGUGCCGUAUGCACACCAGACCAACGGCACCGCAGAACGCGCGAUAAGGACCAUCGUCACGAUCGGACGCAGCUUGUUGCAUCAUGCAAAGCUGGAGAAGUGUUUCUGGGCUGAAGCGGCAAUGACGGCGAUCUACAUCAAGAACCGCCUGCCUUCACCCAAGAUCGACCACAAGACUCCGUUCGAGAUCGUGUACAAGUCGAAACCAAGUGUCAAGCACAUGCGCGUGUUUGGAUGUCGGGCGUUUAUCCUGACACCAAGGGAGAAGCGAUUGAAGUGGGACCCGAAGGCUUGUGAAGGGAUGUUCAUGGGCUACGAAGAAGCGUCAAAAGCUUAUCGAGUGUACGACAUUGAGGCGGGCCAAGUGGUGAUCAGUCGUGACAUCACCUUCGACGAAUCGACUUUUGACUUUUCGAUGGACCGACCAAGUGACGAUGAUGAAGAUGCGGAGUUGGACCUCGACCUCCUGGCGAUCAACGAGGACGACGUGCGUCAAACCGUCUACAAGCAGACUGGCAAGCGCAAGAGUGAAGCAAGACCCGGCAUGUCACGGUCAGCUCGCCCUCGAACUGGGUUGGAACAAGCAAGUGCGCCGGAACACGUCUCCAACCGUCACCAGAAACGACGAUCAAGUGCUCCAGAAACGAUGUCUGAUGACGAAGAAGAUGCAAGCGUGUACGAUCAAGAUGACGACUCGACGCCUCCAACAUUUUGGCGUGCAAGUGCAAACGCAGUGGAAGCAACGGACCUAGCAGAACCUGUGACUUUCAAGACGCGAUCAAUGGUCCUGAUCAAACUCACUGGCGAAAUGCUGUGA